GUGUGUACGAGUGUGGCAAUAGACUAUAGAGAGCAGGCUUUGCUGCUCUCCAAAAACUCACUGUCAAAGUGCGGCUGAGAAGCUAAAAAAGUAAAACAUUUCAAAUCAUUCAAUGUACAAACCUCGUAACGUGCACAUCACAAAACUCUUUCAGAGUUCUUAUUCAAGCAUACAAAAUCUGCAAAUCGGGACAAGCUGCAAUUAUGGACGACUCGUGGGUUAAAUGUUUACUUCUCAUUUGUUGCGGUCUUCUGAUGCUGCCUCAGCCUAUUCAUGCAUUGCGCAUCAAGCGUGCUGAUAAUGGAACUGUCAAGGCCGUGCCAGAGGUUUUAAAUAAGCCACAGGUUGAGAUCGUUGUGCCAAUUGCAGCUUCUAAUGCAAGUGCUGUUCCAGUUUCAGAUCUAGCGACUGCUGCUGCUGUGGUGCAGCCACAAAAGAAAUUGGAACUGGAAGAGGAGCUGCCACUGGCUCUUGAUUUAGCUGAACGCAUGUACCGCGCUAAGCGUCGCAUGUCGCCGUUGCCCAAGGACGAAUCUGUGUUGCCUAAAUCAGUCCACCACGCAACAUAUCCCGCACAUGUUGCUUCUCCACCUCUUGUAUACUACAACAAGAUGAUUUCACCGGAUGGAAAGCAGGAAGUUAAAGAGUUUCAGCUGCUAGCACCCAACAUGGUUAUCGAGAGCUUGCAGCGCGAUAUGAACUAUGGUCCAGUACCUGAAAUGGGCGGUGUGCUGCUACUGAAUGCAGACAAUCGUAUGCAUGGCUUGUCCAAGCCAAAACAUCAUCACAGGCACAAGCCAUCGCUGGCUCUGCCGCCCUUUCUGUAUAUGCUGCAGCAAAUGCUGCAGCCGAACUUGAAUCUCGACAUGGAAAUGCCGCAGAGUCCACGUAAUCACAUUGAUGCACCGAUCUAUCAAUUUCUCGACAACGCCGUGGAUAAUGCGCUGCACAACAAUCAUGAGUUAAUGGAUCGUGUGCUGGACGAUCAUUAUCAUGAUGAAAUAAUGGAGAAAGACAAAGAAACCAAGGACCAGGAAGGAAACGCCAAUGAGUUGUCAUUGCAAAAGAUCGAACUGACCAAAGAGGACAAGGCCAAGGACGAACUGUUGGUCAGCUGUCCCAUUCACCACGAACAUCAUGCGAACGCUAAUGGGGAUGCUAUCGACGAUGAUGUAGUGCUGGUCAACGAGUGUCACAUCGUCUAGGAUGGGG